CUCAACCAUUGAUGAGUUCGACGAUCAGUCCGAAGAGAAACGUUAAGUAGAUUAGAUCACGUCUCAAAGGCGAACAAAAUAAAAGUGUGACUUUGUUUCUACUUCCUGUCUGCUUAGUAACAAGUCAAAUUUGAAAAUUUUGCUGUGUGACAGUGAUUGUUUCUAGAAAUAGCCAUGGCCAAAGUACCAGCUAUCGGAAUUGAUUUGGGUACGACCUAUUCAUGCGUCGGGGUGUUCCAGCAUGGCAAGGUGGACAUCAUCGCCAACGAUCAGGGAAACCGAACCACACCGUCGUACGUGGCGUUCACCGACAGUGAGCGAUUGAUUGGCGAUGCUGCCAAGAACCAGGUGGCGAUGAAUCCUAAUAAUACAAUUUUCGAUGCCAAGCGCUUGAUCGGCCGCAAGUUCGAUGAUCAAACUGUACAAUCCGACAUGAAACACUGGCCGUUCGAGGUGGUGAGCGAUGGAGGCAAACCGAAGUUGAAAGUUGAGUACAAAGGGGAGAAGAAAACCUUUUUCCCGGAGGAAGUUUCCUCGAUGGUGCUGACCAAGAUGAAAGAAACGGCGGAGGCUUACCUGGGUUAUAAGAUCGCUAAUGCCGUGAUUACCGUGCCGGCUUAUUUCAACGAUUCUCAGCGUCAGGCCACGAAGGACGCAGGAGCGAUUGCCGGACUCAACGUACUACGUAUCAUCAAUGAACCGACCGCAGCAGCUAUUGCGUAUGGUUUGGACAAGAAAGGGGCUGGAGAGCGAAACGUGUUGAUCUUCGAUUUGGGCGGUGGUACUUUCGAUGUGUCGGUUUUAACCAUCGAGGAUGGUAUUUUUGAGGUCAAAUCAACGGCUGGUGAUACCCACUUGGGAGGUGAGGACUUUGACAAUCGGAUGGUUAGUCACUUUGUGGAGGAGUUCAAAAGGAAGCACAAGAAGGAUAUCUCGAGUAACAAGCGUGCCCUCAGACGAUUGCGGACAGCAUGUGAGAGGGCGAAGCGUACCCUUUCUGCUUCUACGCAAGCGAGUAUUGAAAUUGACUCCUUGUUCGAGGGCAUUGACUUUUACACUUCGAUGACCCGCGCUCGGUUCGAGGAAUUAAACUCAGAUCUGUUUCGCGACACCAUGGAGCCGGUGGCGAAGGCUCUUCGUGAUGCAAAAAUGGAUAAAAGCAAUAUUCACGAUAUCGUUUUGGUAGGUGGAUCGACUCGUAUUCCCAAGGUACAGAAACUUCUUCAGGAUUUCUUCAACGGUAAAGAAUUGAAUAAAUCGAUCAAUCCGGAUGAAGCGGUGGCUUAUGGGGCAGCUGUGCAAGCUGCUAUUUUACAAGGUGAUACAUCGGAUGCGGUGCAGGACUUACUUCUACUGGACGUCACUCCACUGUCUUUGGGUAUCGAAACUGCUGGGGGUGUAAUGACAGUUCUUAUCAAACGCAAUACCACAAUCCCAACAAAACAGACCCAAACUUUCACUACUUAUUCCGAUAAUCAACCCGGUGUUUUGAUUCAAGUAUUCGAAGGUGAGCGUGCUAUGACCAAGGACAAUAAUUUACUGGGAAAGUUUGAGUUAAGUGGAAUCCCACCAGCUCCAAGAGGAGUUCCACAAAUUGAAGUCACUUUCGAUAUCGAUGCAAAUGGCAUCAUGAAUGUCUCGGCCAUCGAGAAAUCGACCAACAAAGAAAAUCGUAUCACCAUCACCAAUGACAAGGGCCGCCUAAGCAAGGAAGACAUCGAUAGGAUGGUCAAUGAAGCCGAGAAAUUCCGAAGUGAGGACGAAAAACAAAAAGAGAAGAUCACGGCGAAGAACUCGCUAGAAUCUUACUGUUUCAACAUGAAAUCGACCAUGGAGGAUGCCAAUGUUAAGGACAAAAUUCCCGAAACCGACAAAACAUUGAUACUAGAUAAGUGCAAUGAUACUAUUAGCUGGCUCGAUGCUAAUCAAACGGCUGAGAAGGAUGAAUUCGAACAUAAGCAAAAGGAGCUGGAAGCUGUUUGCAAUCCGAUUAUUCAGAAGCUGUAUCAGAGUUCGGGUGGAAUGCCGGGAGGAAUGCCAGGAGGAAUGCCGGGUGGUAUGCCGGGUGCUGGUGGACCACCACCCACAGGAGCAGCUGGGCCAACAAUUGAAGAAGUUGACUAGACUCGGGAGUCGAGGACUCAUUCGAAGUGACUAUAUCGAUAAUAAAAGACUACCCGGAAUCUAGUUGA